AUGACGUCCAACGUUGUGGGCCGGUGUUCAGGCGUGAGAAGCGGCGGUGGUUGUCGUUCUGAGUGGCCGGUAGUAUGGAGGAGCGAGCAUCGUUAGAGAGGCAGAUCCGUCUCCUCACCGCUCUUAUAACUAACCACAAGAAUGUCCAUGGAGAUGUACCUGCAUGCACAGAACCUAGUAACCCACAUGGGCAAGGGCCAUGGACUAGUUGUAAUUCUAAAUACAAAUCUGCCUGCUCACAGAAAGUUCCAGCGCAUCAUGGAUCAGAAGCCAGCAGCUCGUGGCGAACAAAAUACUCGCUGGUCAAUAAAAAACCCAUCAACACCAGUGGUGAGGCACCUGCUAAUGUUUCUCAAAGUGAGAUGAUGCCUCCUAAUCAACGUGAGAUGAGCAGUGUUGGCAAAUGUGCGGUGGGGGCUAGUGAAUCAGAAGAUGGUAGUUUAAGAGGCAAGUCCUACAGAACAGUUCAGGCUACUCUAAAAGCACAGUCCUUAUUGGCUCUGAAUUCUGAGCUUGCACUGAAAAACAAUAAGCUGUUAGCACUGAAGGAGAAGUUGCACAAAGUGAAAAUGGCCAGAAGGAUGGAUAAAAUAGGUGCCAUGACUUCGUUCUCUGCAGAAAGAUCUACCGAGGAAAGUGCGAGGAAGCAGGAUGAAGAAAUCAGAGCUCUGAAAAUGGAAGAACAAAUUACUGUUGAAAUAGCAGGAAGAACUGAGACAAGCAUUCCUCCCAGCUAUCGCGGAGUGACACUGCAUGGAUCGACUAAAAUCCAACAUGUUGAGUCAAGUUACUGUGCCCAUGCAGAUCCUGACGCAUCAAUGCGUAAGCUUCAGAAAACCUCCGUUAUGGAUAAAAUUCACUGCGUUGCUGGUGCUAUUACAGGGGGAGCAGCAGGUAAAUUCCAGCAAUUUGUUGAGUCAAGUGAUGGUGCCCACACAGGUCCUGAGGCAUCAACAGGCAAGUUACAGAAAGCAUCUCAAAUACAUAAAAUUGCUGAGUUGGAGGAACAGGCCAAGAAUGAUUGUGUAACAUCGGGAAAACUUCAGAACAUUUUGAAUUCUGUAGACCAAGCACCAUGUCGUUCUUCCCCAAUUAAAAGAUCCAAAUAUACGUGGCAGAAAAUAAAAGAUGUCACUUUAGGUUCAGGAUGCCAGAAUGAGGCUUUGACAACAAUGAGGGAGUCAGUCUCCAUUAGCACUUCCCAGGUUCAAACACGUGUGGUCGGAGGUUGUUUGAAAUCAAAAGCCCCAUUUCCACAUAAAACACUUAAGAAACAAAGGAACAACACUCCUGUUUGCAGCAAAGUGUGCAAGGGAAGGAAAGCAAAGUAUGUUUGGGUUUCAAACACUGUCAAACCAAGCCAGCCUAUAAGAUCCAGUGAGUUGACUUUGAAGUCUGUAUCACCAAAGUUGAUUAAAAGUGCCACAAAAUAUGUUGCUAUGGGAGAAGAUGGUACAACACUCAAUCCAAGCCUGGAGCUCAGAUCUUUGGGAAAGCAGAAAAAGGCUGGGUGCUGUCACAAGAGAGAAGCUUUGUCGAACAAGUACUGCUGGAAAGCAACGGAGACGGCAUCCCCUUCAAAGUCUCUCUAUCAAUGGGAUUCACAGGACUCCUACCAGCCAGGACCUGCAGGACAUCGGAUGCGAUCUAUAGCAUUGAAGAAGGCUGAGUCUGCCACUGAUGUCCCGAAGAAGAUAUUGAGUGGGUCUGGAUGUUCUCAUUACAAAGUGAAGAGCAAAACUAAAAUCAUCAGGAGAACUGGAAGUUUGAGCUCACCGACUGAGAGGAGGAUCAAUCUUAGUGGACCACUGAUGGUAAAAAAUCGGUACUUGCUCACCAAGAAGAGCCAUGCACACGGGAAAUCUUCCCCAACUCUGAAAAAGACACCUGGGAAAGGACUUGUGCAAAUCAGUAAACAUAGGCUGCAAAGGCUGCCAUCAUCAGGACUGCAUGGAACUACAAAGCCAGGUCUAACUUUCUCAUCCUCUGUGAAGAGCCCUUCAAAUAACCGAUUAAUCAAUACGAGGUAUAAAAUAGUGAAGAAGAAUGCAGGUUGGAAUAGUUCAUUGCCAGAUGCCUCAUGCUGUGUCUCCUGGAAGGCCAAGAAGGUCAACAGCUCCAGCUCAAGGUCACCGCUCCUGAACCGAGCGAGGCUGAGCAGCAAUUAUAGAUUCCUUCAGCAGAGAUGGAAAAUGAAAGGCAUGCGUUGCAUCGGGGGCGUGCUGUACAGUGUAUCUGCCAACAAACUUUCUAAAAGCUAUGCUAAUCCUGUCAAAAGUGGAAUCACAAGCGCAAGGAGCACUGUGAAAUCAGUCAAGUUGGAAGCUGAUUUCGAUAGCAGUGGUCUCUAUUUGCCCAGCAGCCUGACCAAAGCGGUUGCUCAUCGGCACAUUGCAAGUCGUGCUGUGCAGCGUAGCUUGGCUAUAAUCAGACUGGCCAAGCAGAAGAAAUCCAAGAAGAAAGAAUAUUGCAUGUACUACAACAGGUUCGGAAAGUGUAAUCGAGGGGACAAUUGUCCCUACAUACAUGACCCUGAAAAAGUAGCAGUCUGUACAAGAUUCCUACGUGGAACGUGCAAAAGAACAGAUGGAACAUGUCCUUUUUCACAUAAAGUUUCAAAAGAUAAGAUGCCAGUUUGCUCUUACUACCUCCGAGGGAUCUGUAACAACAACAACUGCCCUUACAGCCACGUGUACGUGUCUAGGAAGGCUGAAGUUUGUCGAGAUUUCCUGAAGGGUUACUGCCCACUGGGAGCAAAGUGCAAGAAGAAACACACACUCGUCUGUCCCGAAUUCUCUAGGACUGGGAGCUGUGCGCAGGGCUCCAAAUGCAAGCUGCAGCACCUGCAACGGAAAAGUCACAAGCGGAAGCACACAUCUGGAACAAGUCAGGAUGCAGUAGCAGAGGACUGCGCGACUUCAAAGCAGGUCAAACUCGCAAACAAGACGGAAAGAGAACUGGAGGGGAAGACUGUGAGACAAGCAUUGACGGAGAAAAGAACUAACUCUUCUAUCAUCACUGAAGAAUUGAGUAGCAGUAGCAACAGCCAGCAUUGGCUGCCAGCAUUCAUUGCCCUUCAUUCAUCUGCAUCUUCUGAAGAGAAAGCAGAUUCCGAAGUAGAAGAAGAAAGGGCAGGUGAAGCACUAGGGAAACCAAUUCAGAUCAAGCCCCGGUUGUGAUUGACUUCUAUUGGCAAAACUGUGUCGACAUCAACCAAGUAGCUGGGAAACAGAAAGGGGACUUGCUUGAAACAGUUUAUAUACUAGCAGAUGAUACAAUUCCUACUAUUGUUUUGCACAAGCAUUUUCUGUGAUGUUUUUCUCUCUCUUGUGUAAGGACCCAGAUUGUGGGCCUGCAAGAAAACCUUCAGGAACAUCACAACUACAAAUGCAACAGUGUUUACUAAUCACCUCCACCUGCCAUUCAAGGGGAAUGAAAGUCAUUGUAUUUAUGCAACGAUUCUGGUAUGAAUUGAUCAGUUUCUGAGCCUCUGGAGUGUGUUUCGGUUUUAUUUUUCUGUCCCACAUCAGUGGAGCGACAUUUAUAAAUUGUGGUCUUUAUGAUGUUGUGGAUUCUCAGUUUUUAAAGAAAAAACUUAGCUGCCUCCAGUUUUAUAAAUAUUGUAGAGUUUUGAUUCUUGCUAUUUUGCCGGGUUUGCAGUACUGGGAACUUUGCCUUGCCUAUUUGUGGUUGACUGGUAGUAUGGUGGGAGCUUUUCUCCCCAUGUAACCCAUACAGUAUCUGUCUUGGGAAUUCUUGAUGCUUACAUUGAAUAGAAAAGUUUAAAAAAUUGUUCUAUUCUCCAGUAGUGGAGAAUCCUUACACCUAAAUGGACACUAAAUUUGCCAAAAAAAAAAAUUAAACCUAAUCCAAGCCAUUUCUAACUACCCUUAAAUCUAAUUGUAAAUGUGAACUAGCUUCCCUGAAGCUGUUUAGAUACAUUAUUUCAUCCCCUUGUGGAGUUUUUAAUUACAGUAAUGGUAAUAGUUGAAGUGUGCAUUUUGUUUGAUAUGUAGAGAUGUCCACAAAGGUUAUUAACAAUUUUCAAUUUUUUUUGUAACCAGGAUCUGUCAGCAGUCUAUAUUUUAAGACUGAGAUGUACUAGAUUAUGCCCUGCCUUCAUAUCCAAUAUAUUAGAAUGGACAAUAUUUCAAAGUAUUGAUGUUCAAUGCCGUGGAGUAGAAUUCUAGUUCGAGUCCCAGUCUACUCAGCAGCAAUGUGCACGGUGGAGUCUGUUGACAUGGCACAGCAAAGGAGAAUAAAGAUUCACAGGAUUGUCGCAACUGGGUAAUCCCUGGCACCUUCUGGCAGAUAUUCACUGCGUUUACCAAGUGGGUGCAGACGAUACUACCUGCCACCUUGGCUGCCAAGUGUGAGGCCAGGUUGAUAAAGAAGAAAACAUAAUAAUAGAAAGCAAGGGAAGCUUACCAAGAGCAAUACCUCAAGGAGUAAAAAUAGUUUUUUUUAAAAGGCGUCACUCACAUCAGUUUUGUAUGUGUGUUAGGAUAGAAAUAACUAAUUUUAUCUAUUAAGAGGAAUAAUUUGCAUUUAAUAUAUUUUAUUUUGCAUGCUGCAAGAACUGCAUGCUGAAGAUUUUGAUAUUUAAGAAAUUUCAGUACCUCCAAAUUCAGUUCCUGAUUGUGCCUAUACCGUCAAAAGCACCUUCUGCAUCAUGGAGCCAAUAAGUAAGCUGACUUUACUGGAUAACAAGAUCAGUUCAUUCAAGUGAUUUUAUGGUGUUCCAAGCACAUUGCAAAUGAGUCACUUUAGUGAGCAAUUUCCAAUGGUGGGAGAAAGGGGCAGUUGGGGAGUUUUUAAAAAUGAAUAUGUAUAAAAAAUGCAAAGGGAGUUAAUGGAAUCUGCAUGUUUUAGCACUCACUCCAAGCAAGUGCUACAUACCUACAGCCCUGUAGGCUCAGGCAGUUUAGUCGCAUUAUGAGGCCUAAGUUGAUUUUAAGUUGCAAACCAGGAAGGGCUUUAUGCGCUGACUCCUAGAUCUCUGCGUACAAUGGAGUAAGCUGUGUUAUGAGCCUGAGGCCUCCACAUCUGAUAAUGUAAAUUUGGUUGUAUCCUUAUUGUUGUUAGGGAAGAAGAGCUUUUAGUUGCAGUGGAGGAAGAAAGAUAUUGUAGUGACAUUCUGAUUGACGUCUCAUAGAAAUAUGCAUAAUAUGUUGUUAUGACAGGUUCAUAAUAUGAAUACUCUUUGCUUUUCAUUGACUGCAUGUUGGUUCUUGGAGAAUUCAUUUCUGUUUACUACUUGUUAAAUAUGUUAUAUUUUUUCUUGCUGUUUAUAAAUGAAUUUUGCUGAUGA